GUAUCACAAUGUGGUUUGUGUCGGUCAAGACAUUAGCGAGUUUCUACAACUCGCAUGUCAAGUCGUCGUUUGUGUGUCGCAUGUGUUUUUUCUAUUUUGUCGAGUGUGAAGUGUCCAUCGUGUCGCAGGUGUGUGCAGCAAGCCCCCAUCAACUCAAGAAGAAUUUAUCUUGAAGAACCAAGACCAAGAGCUCAAGAUUUCAAGCCCAAGGGACGCGGAUAAAUAUUAAAUAGUGAAAAUAUUUUUUGUACUCCUAAGACUAUAGUGGCUGCUGUACCUCCUGCCAGUCAAACCGCCAUAGCGUCGUCAAAUCUUCAUGGAAUUUUAUGAUUCAACUUGCUGCUGAUAGGCGACAACAACACGCUCCAGAUCCAAUUUACAGAUCACCGUUUGAGGCAUACAUCAGAUCGGCAUCAAUAUUUGAAGCUGGCUGACGGAAUUCUGACUGUGCACAUUUUCUCUCAUUUUAGGCACAUCUGAGCCUAUUGUGAUUAUAACAAGUGGUAUCAGAGCCCCUUGGAGCCUUCUCGACCAUGCCUAGACCUGAGGAAGGGGGUGGCAGAGGUGCUGGAGGUAGAGAAGACGCCCAAGCACAAGGUCAACACCAAGAUCCACCCAUUGCUCCGGUGCAACCUAGCCUUGGACCCUCUAGGGAUGAGCCUAGAGUGUUUGGCCUUGACAAGUUCAACGGUGACAACUUUGCUGAGUGGUCCUUCAAGAUGGAGAACAUCUUUGACCACUAUGAUCUGCUGGAGGUGAUGGAAGGAACGGAGAAGCGCCCCGAGAACGACCCGGAGAAGAGCCCGUGGGUGCGGAAGAGCGCACAAGGCUACCUUCUACUUGGGCAAGCGUUGGGGAGCAGCCAAAUCCGUCACAUCAAGCCUUUUCAGCGUGAACCAGCAAAGGGACCAAAGGCAUGGGCUGCUCUCAAGGGUGUACACGCUCCUGCAACAGCAGCGGUAGCUGUGGUUUUGGAGCGGCAAAUGGCAGCACUUCGAAUUGACGAAGGCGAACCGGUGGAGGAAGGAGUACAGAAAUUCUUCGACUUGUUGACACGGCUCGAAGGAGCUGAGCUAAACUACAGUGACCUUCAAAAGAAGACCAAGCUGCUGGCCCUACUUCCGGACUCACGGUCCUCGCUCAUCAUCAACCUAAAUCGAGAUCUGCCCCGUCUCUCACUCGAAGAUGUGAAGCGGGAAAUCUUACAAGAAGAUUUCCGCCGUCGCGAAUUGGCGGGUCCCGAUGGUGCCGGAGUUGCAAGCAUGGGCCGUGGGCACGGCCGUGGAAGAGGCAGAGGGCGAGGAGGAAGAUUUGGCAGCAGUAACUUCAAUGGAGGCCGUGGUAAUGGAGGAUAUGGCAGCAACAACAACAAUGGCUACGGGCGUGGGCGCGGUCGAUGUGAUGGCGAAUGCCAUUUUUGUCACAAGACCGGCCACAUGUGGAGAGAUUGCUUCAGAUUGCCUGAUGGAUGGACCCCUUCUCAAGUCCAAGAGGGCAGAGGAGCAAGGGGAGGAAGAGGCAGAGGUCGUGGAGGCCGUGGUGGCCGUGGAGGCGAAGCGGCAAGCAUGAAAGGUGGAGACUACGACAAGGACUCGAGUGAAGAUCGAUACCCGGGCCAAUUCUUCUUUGUCUCCACGCAAGCAGCAGCUGCAGCAGGAGGUGUGGAAGGCUUUGAGGAGCCAGCAACUGUGGGAAAGGUCACCCUUCACUCUCUGGACUUUUGGGUGAUCGAUAGCGGCGCCACCUACAGCAUGACACCUCGUGCGGACUUGCUCACCGAACUCGAACCGUCGCCGGUCAAGCAUGUUACAUCGGCUUUGGGGCAGCGAGCAGAGGUGAAAGGCAUGGGCAAGGCCAUGUUCAAGGGUGCUGAUGGGAAGAUGGUGGGCCUCAAGAACGUGCUUUGGGUGCCCAACCUUGCAGCCAACCUGAUUUCCGUUCGGCGUUUGCAAAAGGCCGGCAUGGACACAUCUUCCAAGGGCUCCAAAACAUAUACCGCGAGGCUUGGUGAGCGGAAGCUUUGGGACCUUCAUGAGGACAGGGACAUCUACAAUGAGAUGUGGCAAAUCCCAGUGGUCCCCAUGCCUAAGGGGAGGCAAGUGGCAGCAAGCGUCAGCACGAAGAGUGAAGCGGUUGGUGGCGGUGAUCACGAAAAACAAAGUGACACCAAGAGUGACUCGAAGGAGUGCAACCUUGGAGAGACCAGCAAGGUGUGUGAACCCAAGGAGAGUGGUGCAGCAGCCAAAGGUGGUGGAAAUGAGGAGGAGAAGGCUAAGAUCAGCAAAGCAGCAGCGGCGAAGGAGAAAGGAGAGAGCUUGUGGGGCACGAUUGCGAGUGCCGCCUUCUCCAACCCGACUUCCGCUACGGGAGAGUGUGAUUGGCUGACCUUGCAUCGGCGAAUGGGGCAUGUGGCAUUGCCCAUUUUGCAGCAGAUUGUUAAGCAAGAGAUGGUCAGUGGGAUACGUGUCAAGGGGGAGCCCAAUGAGGUGCUUGGCUGUCCAACAUGCAUGCAAGCCAAGUUCACCCGCUACCCGUUCCAUAGCUCGGAGACAACGGCGAAGGCACCACUUGAUGAGGUGGUGAUGGAUGUGGUGGGCCCCUUGAAGCUUGGAGCUGCUGGAGCAGAGUACUUCCUCACCAUUGUGGACGUCUACACUCGCAUGACUUGGGUGUAUGUGCUGCCCAAGAAGAGUGACGUGGCUGAAACGGUGAAGACCGAUUGGUUGCCGAUGGUGGAGCGGCAACAAGACCGGCUUGUGAAGGCGAUUCGCACUGACCGUGGGGGAGAGUUCCUGAGCAAGGACUUCUCAACUUGGCUGAAGAAGCAGGGCAUAAGGCACUCUCUUACCAUGCCCUACUCUCCUGCAAUGAACGGCAUUGCCGAGCGUGCGAAUCGGACACUCACGGAGACGGCUCGGGGACUUCUCAUUGAAGCCGGUCUACCCAAUUACUUUUGGCCGGAUGCGGUGCGGCAUGCUUGUGUGGCCAAGAACAGAGCCUUGACUCACGUGGGAGAAGAAAAAUGGGUGCCCUAUGUGGAGUGGAUUGGAAGGAAGCCGAAGGUGGAUAUGCUUCGGGUGUUCGGGUGCAUGUGCAUGGCACUUGUGCCUAAGAAACUUCGGCACAACAAGCUUGAUGCCAAGGCAACAUGGGCCGUGCACUUGGGCAUGGCUCAAAACAGCAAGGGAUGGCUUCUUUGGGACCCAUUUACCAAGAAGUUCCUGGUGAGCAGAGAUUGCAAGUUCAUGGAGAACUUACCGUACAAGGAGUGGAAGGCGGAGAACCAAGCGAAGAUUGGUGUGCGGCUUGGAGAGGUGAAGAGUACCGGCUUGGAGCAUGUGGAGCUGCCCUUGGAGCUGAGUAGCAGAAGCACAAUCACGAGGCAAUCUCCCCAAAUGAAUGGGGAUGAGGAGGAGGAGGAGGUGCAGCAAGGUGAUGAGCGUGCACCGCCACUUCCGCCUCGUGCUACAAGUGCUCGCGGGAACCGACCGGACAUACCGCAAAGCCAUGAGAGCAUUCAAGUCCCUGCAGCAGAAGAGGAAGGAAGGGGGAGAAGGAGGACUCAGCCCCCCAAUAGGUUGAGCUAUGAACGGCUUGGAGGACCAACCAACUCAACCUUGACCGGUUCGGCUCUCAUGCUAGGCGAUGAUGCGGAAGAUGAAAGCGAGGAGUGCGCUUUUGCCUUCUUCUCUCCGGUGGAGAUACCGGGGGAGCCUACAAAUCCCAAGGAGGCUUGGGAGGGCCCCAAUGGGAAGGAGUGGAAGAAGGCCUCAGAUGAAGAAAUGGGGAGCAUCAUCGAGAACGACACCUUCGACUUGGUGAACCUACCUCCGGGGCGUAAGGCGAUCUCUUCCAAGUGGCUCUUCAAGCGCAAGACCGACGCCGACGGCAACAUCGAGCGCUACAAGAGCAGACUUGUAGCCAAGGGGUAUCAGCAGCAAGAGAAGAAGGACUACAAUGAAGUGUAUGCCCCUGUGGUGAAGGGUACAACCCUUCGAACCCUCUUCGCCGCGGCGGCCAUCAAAGGAUGGGUGGUGAAGCAAAUGGAUAUACGGUGGAUGCGAGUGCAUCAAAAGAAGUACUUGGAGGCCUUGGCUGCAAACUUUGGGAAGAGUGAAGGUCAUGUGGCUACUCCUCUUCCCUCAGGGUUCAAGUGUGUGAAAGGACCAGCGGAGGAAAGUGUUGGUGAAGAGGAGAGGCACCGUUUUCACUCCUUGGUGGGCAGCCUCAUGUAUGCGGCCGUUCACACAAGGCCGGAUGCAGCCUUUGCUACCGGGCAGCUGGCUAGGGUUGUCCAAUGCCCUAAUGAAGAGCAGGUAGCAGCUGGAGAGAGAGUGGCCAAGUACCUUGGCCAAACAGCAACUGUUGGACUGCAAUACUCCGCGGCGGCACAAAGGCGUCAAAAGGGUGCGGAUGGAGUCGAACCCGGGAGGCUCUUUCUCACCGCCUUCUCUGAUGCAUCUUGGGCAUCAGAACCUGAGGACAUGACAAGUGUGGGAGGCUUCAUCUGCUGUGUUGGUGGAGGCCCAACAGCUUGGGAGAGCAAGAAGCAAGUGGACCAAGCAUUGAGCUCAGUGGAGUCCGAGUACAUGGCACUCUUCCGUGCCAUAAGAGAGGUUGUGUGGCAGCGGCGUUUGCUAGCUGAAUUGGGGGAGGAGCAGCAAGGACCUACCCCACUCUACUGUGAUAGCCAAGGUGCUAUUGCAUUGGCUAAGAACCCCGUUCUUCAUGGCCUUACCAAGCACAUGAAGGUGAAGUGGCAUUGGGUGAGGAGCAUGGUAACCGCGGGUGAAGUGGAGUUGCACUACGUGAAGACGACGGCGCAGCCAGCUGAUAUGAUGACCAAGAGGCUGGUUGAGCAGCAGCAUUGGAAGUGUUGCAAGCUUGCUGGGAUGGCUCUGAACUAAGGGGAGCAGAUUCUAAGGCCAACAAUCCGAGGGGGAGUUUGUUGGUGCAACCCUAUGGCUUGCACUCGGCUUGUCGUCCUUGUUUGUGUGUGUGCAUGCAUGGCAUGGAAUGAAUUGUGAGUCUAUGUCAUUGCUAUCCAGUGCUUGUGUGUGUGCUUGAAUGGUGUAUCACAAUGUGGUUUGUGUCGGUCAAGACAUUAGCGAGUUUCUACAACUCGCAUGUCAAGUCGUCGUUUGUGUGUCGCAUGUGUUUUUUCUAUUUUGUCGAGUGUGAAGUGUCCAUCGUGUCGCAGGUGUGUGCAGCAAGCCCCCAUCAACUCAAGAAGAAUUUAUCUUGAAGAACCAAGACCAAGAGCUCAAGAUUUCAAGCCCAAGGGACGCGGAUAAAUAUUAAAUAGUGAAAAUAGUAACGCUACUUCGUGUAGUGUUACAUUUCACUUUGUGUAGCCCCUUGGAGGGUUUGUUUUGAGACUCUUCGUGGUUGGGGACUCUGUGGUGGUGUACCACCAACCUGGACCUCGGCUCUUGGGGUAUGUAGAGGCUGGGAACCAUCUCCCUCUCGAAUUCUUCUUCCUAAGUUUUUUGUACUCCUAAGACUAUAGUGGCUGCUGUA